GGAAUAGAAGCCCAUCUUUGCUCAUAUUUGUGUUUAAAACAGUUUCUAUUGCUUACAUCUGGUUUGACUUUGCUAUCAACCAUACAAUUUAUCUACAAACAUGACCAGAUCGUUUCCCGUCGACCAUGGCAUGACCUCGUUCUGGCGAAGUCAACCUCAUGUUUUGGACAAUCAUCGCUCUACAGAACUACUGCCUGAGAGCAGUGAUAUUGUGAUCAUAGGCUCUGGCUAUGCUGGAACUUCAACCGCAUAUCAUUGUCUGCAACGCAGUCAGUCCUCUGGGGCAGAAAACCCAUCCAUAGUGAUCUUAGAGGCACGCCAGGCCUGUUCAGGAGCGACAGGCCGAAAUGGGGGUCACAUAAGACCCGAUCUAUAUAGCGAGAUCCAUAAAUUCGCAGAGAAAUAUGGGUUCGACGCCGCCUCCGAGGUGGCCGCUUUCGAAAAUGAACACCUUUCGAGGAUACAGUCAUUGAUCGAGAAGGAGAAUAUCAACUGCGAUCUUGACACCAACAAGUUAUUCGACAUCCACUUUGAUCCAGGUCUCUGCGAAGAGGCGAGAGCGGGCCGGGAGUCUCUUAUCUCCCAGGGCCUCAAAGCCACAGAAAGUGUCCACUUUACCCCGCUCGAAUCGGCAGAGAUAGUAUCCGGUGUCAAAGGUGCGAAAGGAUGCUUCCUGUCUCGGACCGGGAGACUGUGGCCAUACAAGUUGGUCACGCAGCUCUUGAGCAAGGUGGUGUCAGCGGGGGUAAACCUUCAGACGCAUACUCCUGUGCUCCGAGUGUCUGACGCUCCCGAUGACGAUGGGCGCUGGACGGUCGUGACUGACCGAGGUUCCAUCCGAACCAAAUGGGUUGUGUUCGCAAGCAACGCAUAUACAUCGGCGAUCGCGCCGGAAUACAAGGGGAAGAUUGUCCCCGUCAGAGGAGUCUGUAGCCGGAUCGUGGUCCCUAAUCCACCCAAAUCUCCCCUAGAAUGUUCCUACACCAUGCGUUUUAACACCUGGGAUUAUGACUACCUGAUCCCCCGGCCGGACGGUAGUAUCAUUGUCGGAGGGGCCAAAUCCACCUUUUUCCACGAUGCGAGCAAGUGGUACGACAACACGGAUGACAGCAGAAUGAUUGAGUCCGCGUCUCGCUACUUUGACAACUACAUGCAGCGGAAUUUCCACGGGUGGGAGAAUACGGGGGCAUAUACAGACCGGGUCUGGACAGGGAUCAUGGGUUUCACCACGGAUUCCCUUCCACAUGUCGGAAACGUGCCCCACAAACCAGGGCAGCUGGUUGUCGCCGGGUUCAGUGGCCAUGGGAUGCCCCAGGUCUUUCUUUCAGCUGAGGGAAUUGCGCGCAUGGUGGUCGAUGGCGCUGCGUAUGAGGAAACGGGGCUGCCGCGGUUGUUCCGCACGAGCUCCGAACGUUUGGAAAGCGAGGCCAAUGAUAUUCUAGGCCGUGUGGAUGGUGACGAGAGGGAGAACUAAAGGCACAAACAUAAUCUCGGUCUGAACGAGACCUGGCGUGGCCCCCACACUGAGCCUAGGGGCGAAGAUUGGUGGAUUCUUCAGGACCUAGUCUAUGAAAGACCAGAAGAUGAAAAUAUCCAUCACACAAGUCAACAAAUGCGUAAUGGCAGGUCGUGGGUA